CAUUGCGGCGUCAUCGCUGUCGUGCAGGCGACAACUCUGCGCUCGACGGUGGACGCACGGCGACACGUCUCGCUGCUGCGGGCGUGAGGACAGAUAUUCGGGAGGCGCGCCGGGCUGCAGGGCGGCGCAGGAGGUGCAGUGAAGGAGAGCGCGCGGUGCAUUGAUGGGCAGCCCCUUUUUCUCGGUGAGGGACGCUGCUAGCGUAAAAGCGGCCGCCGCGCUAGGCCGCACUUCGCCACGGCCGGCCCGUGCGCGCAGGCUGACACCCAAGUAUAUAAAGCCAGGCUCCCGCCUCCCUUUCAAAACCUUUUCCCGCUCGCCUGCUCAGCUUGCGCUCCAACAACCCCUCCGCCCCCCACCGCGCCAGCAGCUUGAAAACACCAACUUUUCAUCUGCGCGCUGUCUAGAAUCCGUCUCACGACCGCUUUGUGCACAUUUCUGCACACUUUCGCUCUCUCAGACCCGGAGGCGCGUUUUUGCGAUCGGCGCUUGGCCAUUUUCCGCCGCCGACAGCCUUGCGAGCAGCCUCCAACCCACAUCGCAUCCGCGACACCCCCCAACCAAGUGCUUGCUGGCUUCGCUCUUGGUCUCCAUCCACACUCUGCAUAGAUAGCUGUCCUCAGCGACAUCGACCGGCGACCGACGGUUCAGACUUGCGAACGCUUACCGGGGAGUCAUUCAGUUGAUCCUCUCUAGCCUGCGGUACGCUCCUCGCCCGCUCCCCAAAGUCUCCACGUCGUCCCAGGGCGUCGACCGACCUCGCGCAAAGAGCGAUCUCGAUCUCGAUCCCUGCCCGGCCGUC